GUCCACAAAAUGCAUGGAUGACAAAAAAAAAGAAUGACUUGAGAAAUGAAAGGCAUGAUAGAGUAGCUACUCCAUACACUUCUGAGUUGUCUCCAUGCACUCAACAAGAUGUCACGCCCAACACUACUUCAGAAAAUCAUCUAUGCUGGCGUCGUUGUUUUGUGCAUUGUGAUUUGCUGGAAUGCACGUUUGCUCUAUAGGCCUGCAUCAAAAGAUGGAGACACGGAGCCAACCAAUCACGCCCAGCUCGUCAAGCAGCGGGACACUUUGUUUGACAUCAUCGGUAUACUCAAGCAAACUUGCUCUGACGGCGACCAUGGUGGAAGAAAGCGUGAAUCGGGGAGGAAUUCAGAGUCUGGUGGGACUGUUGGAAUAUGGACCAAACCAAGUGAAGAAGACCUAAAAAAAUCCCUUGUCUUAGGGUACAGAAAGAAUAAGAAAGGUUUUCUGACGAUAGGCAUACCCACGGUUCAAAGAGAAAGUGAACAUUACCUUACGCAAACUCUAGAUUCCCUCAUCGAGAACUCGACCCCAGAGGAACAGGCAGAGGUCACACUGCUGAUAUUCCUGGCAGAUUUUGAAGAGGAGAAGCGCAACGUCUUGAAGAACCUUCUGAUGGACAGGUACCUGAACUAUCUUGAAAGUGGAUACAUGCAAGUCAUCCAAGCUCCUCAAGGAUUCUAUCCACCCCUUGACAACUUGAAAUUAUUAUAUGGCGACUCUAAAGAAAGGGUCUACUGGCGCUCAAAGCAGUGUGUGGAUUUUGCCUUCAUGUUCUUCUAUGCCGAUAGUCAUUCAGAAUACUAUAUUCAAAUUGAAGAUGAUGUUGUUACAACUGCAGGGUAUAUAAGUGCAAUUCAAAACUAUGUUCAGUUGAAGAGCAGUACUGAUUGGAUUACGCUUGAGUUUUCAGUCCUUGGUUUCAUCGGGAAGCUCUUCCAUGCUUAUGACCUGGACAGGCUGGCACAGUUCAUCAUGUUCUUUUACCAGGAGCAGCCCGUUGACUUCCUCUACCGGUAUUUCAAUUCAUUGAAUGGCCAGCAGGAGACGCACCAGCGGCUGCCAUCGCUUUUCCAGCACAAGGGGAAGCAAUCAUCACUCAAGGAUAAGGAAAGCCACCUGGAAGACAACUUCUUUGACCUUGAUAAACGCCAGUAUACAGAUAGCAACAAUCCUCCAGCCAAAGUGUAUAGCGAUAUGAAGCAGUUCAGUAUGUACCUUGGGCCACAGUUGAGUUACAGUGUAGAGCCUGGGUACUUCUGGGCGGUGAGUCCUCAAGAGGGCCAGUCAGUCGUUGUGGUCUUUGAUGAUCCUACAGUGCUAUCCCGCAUCGCCAUUGCGACUGGAUCAGAUAAAAAUCCCGCGGACAUGUUAGAAGUGGCAGCACUGGAGUUGAGCUCUGCCCUACUCCAAAGUGGAAGUGAAGGGACUUUACCAGACUGUGGCAGCUACGUUGAGAUUGGGCGAUUCGUGAAAGGUGUUAUCGACAUUAAUGUGCAAGAGAAAUUUACUGAAACUGUGGCGUGUCUCCGUAUUCAUGUUCUUGUUUCUCAGGUUCAGUGGGGAGUUAUAAGAGAGAUCGCUGUUUGGACACAUCACUGAUUGUAAAACUCUUCUCAUAAUCCUGUACAUUUCAUAUUCUCUUGAAUAUGCCAAAGUAAAUAUAAUUAUGUUUUACAGGAACAUGUUGAUAAAGAUCAUUUGCCAAUAUACAUGAUACAUGAUAUAUAAAUUUUCACAUGGAAAGUAAAAACCAAAAUGGAUUUUCCGUUUUGAUUUACCGGUAAACCGAAAAUCACUGUCUCUGGACCCGAGUGUA